GCUGCAAACACACGGUAUCGGCGCUCGGCCGCCUCACGGACCUCUCUACUGCCGUUCGAACGAACCGUCGCCGCCGCGAGUCUCUCAGUUGCGACGCGCUCGUCACGGGGUGCAGAUCGUGGGCGCUUCGUCGUGUCGCUCCAUCGGUCCUCGCAACGCGCGCGGCCACGCAUUAUCGCGCGUACACGUUUUUCCCUCCCCGUUUCAACAGAGAGAGAAAGAGAGAGAAAGAGUCAUCGUGAUCGAGCUCGAGGCUGCCGAGUGCUUCUUCGUCGAUUGUUUUCAGUGCUUUCUGGUGUGUACUCGGUGAGACUUGAUAGAAAAUAUAAAGUACGCGAAACCGGUGCUUGGAAUCGCAACGUUGCUGCGUACUCUUCUUGUCAUCGCGAUCUUCCGGCCGUGACAUCGACGAUCUGUCAGCCGAAAUACAAAGGACAGCCGCGUGCUACCGUACACCGUCGAUAAAGGGGAGGAAAGUGGACACUCGGAACGAAGUAAACGCGAGAAACGUUAAGCGGAGUUUGUUGGGUGGCGCGCGCGCGCGGGAACUCGUUACGGUCACCCUGUUUUCGAAAGUCGCGCGCGUGCACGCGCGCGCUGGCGCACGCCAGCCGUUUCUUCGAUUCGAGUCGACGCGACGCGACGCGUAAAUCUUUGGUCCGUAGAGUUCCGCAACGAUGCGUUCGAUGGAUCGCGUUCGAACGUAGCGACGCGCGAUCCAUUCCGAUUGUCCGUGAUCGCGAUCGAGAAACGCGGUGGAAAGAGGAGAAGAAAGAGAGAGAGAGAGAGAGAGAAAAAGAGUGAGAGAGUGAGGAAAACGGAGAAGACUGUGAAACGAAUCGAAAGGAAAACGGCGAUGUUCGAUCGGGAGAUCCUCGGCAGAAAGAUCGCGGCGGCCGCGCACGUUUGACGUACAGACGCGUGCGUUCCCACGAGAAAAACAGGCGCGUGGUUCGCGCGUAAUUUUGCGCGCGUGCUUGUGUACGUGUGUGUUCCAGAUGCGGUCUAGCUGUUGAUUCGUUCGCGACCACCGAUCGGUAAAAGCAUCGACGAACAGAGUUUCGUUGAUCGAAAAACGGAGCAAAGAGUCGCGAAGGGCGUAGAGGAGCGCGCCAAAAGUUGCGAAGAGGAGGCGGAGGAGGAGGAGGAGGAGGAGGAAGAAGAAGAAGAGGAAGAAGAAGAAGAAGAAGAGGAAGAAGAGGAGACGGAGAAGGAAGCGACAGUGGCGAAGAAAGAAGAGGUGGAGAAGAACGAGCACGAGAGCGAGAACGAAGAGGAGGAGGUGGAGGAGGUGGAGGAGGUGGCGGUGGUGGAGGACGCGGUGCAGGCGGAGGAGAAAAAGGUGGAGAAAGGGGAGGAGGAGAGGAACGGAAACGGAAGAGGAAACGAUCGAGACGCUACGACCAGAUCCUUCGUGGAAAACAUGACACAGCAAAGCGGCGCUGGGUCGCCCCAGCAAUUUUGCCUCAGGUGGAACAACUACCAGACGAAUCUGACCAACGUGUUCGAUCAGCUGCUACAGAGCGAGAGCUUCGUCGACGUGACGUUGGCCUGCGACGGACACAGCGUGAAAGCUCACAAGAUGGUGCUAUCCGCCUGCAGCCCGUACUUUCAGGCGCUUUUCUUCGACAAUCCUUGCCAACAUCCGAUCGUCAUCAUGAAGGACAUCAAAUGGCCGGAAUUGAAGGCCGCCGUAGAGUUCAUGUACAAAGGAGAGAUAAACGUGUCGCAAGAGCAAAUCGGGCCGCUGUUGAAGGUCGCGGAGAGUCUCAAGAUCCGCGGCUUGGCCGACGUAAACAACGAGCAAGAGCUGACGUCGAGAUCGAGCUUGGAGGAAGCGGCGAACGCGGCAGCGAUGCACAGAAAGAAACGACGUCGGACGUCGGACGAGAGAUCGCCGCCGCCGGCCUGCAGCCCUGACCGGGUCGCCUCCGGAAGCAUCCCCGAUGAUCAAGAUCCGAGCCAAGGCGGCGGAGGCGUGAUCGUACCACCUGACAUUCACGGCAUGUUGCCCAGCAGCUCGACUCCGCGAUCCCUCGGAUCUCCCGGAACUCCCAACGUCUCUGUCACGCCGCAGAUCAACCUCCAGGAACUUCCGGUAUCGCUGCCCCUGCCGCCACCGCCACCGCCGCCCCCUCAGCCCGGCCAGCAGAGCUCGCACUCGAUAUCCGCUCACCACGUGCCUGGCCACGUGACUUCCGGUCCCCACGCCUCCGUCAACCACCUGACCGUACACGGCCAACAGCUCUCCGUUCAGCAGCAACAACAGCAACAGCAACAACAGCAGCAGCAACAACAACAGCAACACCAUCAGCAAGGCGCUGCCGGUCAACCGACUCCUGGGGACGAUCUCGAGAUAAAGCCUGGCAUCGCCGAGAUGAUUCGCGAGGAGGAAAGGGCCAAGUUGUUGGAGUCGUCCCACGCUUGGCUCGGAGCCUCCACGUCCAGUAUAGCAGACAGCUACCAGUAUCAGCUGCAAUCGAUGUGGCAGAAAUGCUGGAACACCAAUCAGAGCCUGGUGCACAAUCUGCGCUUUCGAGAACGCGGCCCGCUCAAGUCCUGGCGACCAGAAACCAUGGCGGAGGCGAUCUUCAGCGUGUUGAAAGAAGGAUUGUCCUUGAGUCAAGCAGCAAGGAAAUACGACAUCCCAUACCCGACCUUCGUAUUGUACGCCAAUCGAGUACACAAUAUGCUGGGUCCGAGUGCUGAUGGAGGAGCCGAUCUUCGUCCGAAAGGCAGAGGCAGACCGCAAAGGAUUCUGUUGGGUGUUUGGCCCGACGAGCACAUUCGCGGUGUGAUUCGAGCAGUGGUGUUCCGCGAUGGACACUCGCCGCACAUGGUGAAGGAAGAGCCGACUUCGAUGUAUCCGAGUUUGGCAAAUUACGCGGCUUGCAACGGUCCCGAAGGCGCGGUCAGCCCCGGAGCGGCAGCCGCGGCCGCGGUUGCUGCGGUCGCUCAAGGACUGCGACAUCAAAUGUGCAGCAUGGUAGCGGCGGCGCACUCGCAGCAACACGAUAUGAUGGCGACAAACCUGUCUACGAAUCUGUCGACGAGCCUCUCGUCGAAUCUACAGGCAGCGAUGCAAGCCAGCCAGCAUCACCACAACAGCAACAACAGCGGUACACCGGUUAUCGGGAGUAACAACGGUAGCGGCGGAGGCGGCGGGAACAACGGAAACUCGCCGCUAAAUUUGGGCUUGGCCAGUCCAGGCUCCGGCGGCCCACCAGAGAGCCCGAUGGAGAGUCCUCUGGCGAGUCCUCUCGGCCCUCUGAUGGAUCCUGGACACAUACCUAGCAGCGUGGAAGUCGGGAUCGGCGUGAGUGGUAUGACGUACAAGCCGGCGCGAAGCUUCGUCAGCCCACGACCGGAGAAUCUCUUCCAGGAGGACAUCGCGGAUCUCGUAAAGAGUCCUCACGGACUCAAGGACAAAGACAAAAUUCCCGUUAAGCUGGAACCGCUAACCGACUCGCGUUGCGAAUAGUAAGCGCGACAUGCUCGAAAUCGAACGAGCUGAUCGUUGCCCGUUGGAUCGGCAGAACAGCGUCUCACUUCCAUCGGGAUCCUAACAAAAGGCUUCUCGUCGACGCUUCUCGCAGAGGCGAAUCUGCGAGGAGGCGACGCUCGCUGUACGGAUUAUUCGAAAGUAUAACCGCGGUGAUCGAUUCGUCGGAUCGCGAUCGCGUAAUCGACACGGCGGCGGCGAAUCGAGCGCCGUGCUUCCAGCCUCGAACGGUCCGUAUUCCGACCAUUCGUCCUCGCGACGAUACCGCAGUAUACCGAUAGAGCGAUCUCGCGCGAAGAUCGUUCGAGUUUUACAAUCAAAACGGGGAGGGAGGGGAGGGAGGGGGAAAGGGAAAUGAUCGAGAGAGUAGGAGCCAUGGGAAAUGCGACACCGAGUGGAGCAGCCACGAUCGAUGCUCGAUCCCCCUUGAUCCUCGAUUCUCGAUUCUCGAUCCUCGAUCCUCGAAUCUCAAGCCAAAUCCUCCCUACCGACCUCGAGCAUCGAUCGUGAUCGCUCGACCGAUUCCGACGCAGUCUCGAAGGCCGCCUAUUUUAAGAAAACGUUCCGUAGCUAACUUUGCUCGAUCGGAGCUCGUUACGAAGCAUCCGACUGCGCGCAAAAGCGUGGACGCGAGUGUGCUGCACGGACACGCGCUUACACUCGAGAUUUAUAUAUCUAUGCAUAUACGAUAACCGUACGUUUAAUAUGCCAAAUGUAUAGUAAUUGGAAAGCGAUCUCGUGGCACGAGCCAGUAUUCGCGUGGAUCGACAUAUACAGCUCGUCGGGACUCGCCGAACGUUGGAAGCAACGUCCGUACAGACGGACUGAGAAAAUACCGUGGAUUUCUCGUAACGCGGUUCCACAUGUAGAUCGCAUCGAAACGCUGCAAAGCAAGACGAGACUGGUGGAAUUACAGCUGUUCGUAAAACGGACGAUCGAUUCGAGAAACGUUGCGCUUCCGAAGUGAGAAAAAAAAAGAAAAAAGAAGAUGAAAAAAAAAAAAGAAAGAAAGAAAAGGGGAAAAGAGAAGAAUAAUGGUGAAUAAUCUUACGAAAGCGAAAGAGAUGUACAAAAUUCGCUUUGCGACUGUUCGUCGAUCGAGACAACGUCGACGUUCUAAAUCUCUACGGAACGAAAGAGAAACAAAAGUUGUUCGACUAGUGCGUACGCGUUAGCACGCAAAAGGGAAAACAAAACCGAUUGCUGUACUUUAUUAAGUGUAAUGAUUGCCUUCCUGCCAUAUUUGGGGUAUGCCAAGUAUAAAAAUUAUAAGGUUUAGAGAUUAGGGAACGAAAAAUUAACGACGACACUACCGUGAAAUUCAUUGAAUUUGGAACAAGAGAAAAUGUGGAUAGACGCGCGAGCGCCGUGUGCCUGUGUUAAACACUGAAAGCGGACGAACGCGAGCAUCUGACUGAGCGAAUCGAACGUGUGAGCGUGAUACGCGCGAGUGAAUGUUUUUUUCGGAAAGAUCGUGCUAUUUUUCAAAAUUUUACACGUUACGCGUACGACUUUUCGCGAGAACACCCUCGAUCCUCGACAAUCGAAGAACGACACGAGUCGAGUAGUCGUCGAAACGAACCGAUUCCUUUAAGGUAUCGUUCGAAUUCUAGCCGGUCGAUCGCACGCUGUCAAGCCAAUUCAGCUCGGAAUUUCUUUCACAAAUGAUUCGCGUCUACUCCUCGAUCGUUCUAGCCACGAACCGCCGUUCAGAGAUUUCGUGCGACGUCUAAGUACGAGCGAGUUCGUAUCGAACCUAGUCAUCCUAGGAACAGAAAGAGGGGCAAGACAGAGAGAAAGUGAGAAAUGGACAGGAUGGGGAAGAAUGAGAGAGCGAAUGGAACGGAAGAGACAGAGAGAAAGAAAAAGGAGCGCGUGUGACAGAGAGAACGAAACUUUCUAAACAAGAAAAAAAGCAAAUUUUUUAAAGUUGGCACACUGGUUCUGGAGUGACUCUUUGUAAGUAUUAAAAAAGUAAACAAAACAAAAAAAAAAAAAAAAUUCGAAGUGGCCUUCUGUAAAAGGAAAAGACCAUCGCUUUUCGCUUUUGCUCGAAAAAAAAGAGAAUGGGGCGUAUAGGCUGUCCAUCGUGUUAUACGUUGUUUAGGCAACUUUUUGGAAAACGUUGUUCUCGCGCCACUCCCCUACGAAAGCUUUAAACGGUUCGUACGAAAGUUUCGGGAGGAAUCGAUUAGCAAGUUAAUUAUCGGCGAUUAGAAAAUUAAUUCGGGAAAACUCUAAAACGCGUUAUUCUUGAUACGAAAGAUUUUUGGGUGAAAAUAUUCGAGCGCUCGGUCGACGAGAAAAAGUGCGAUCGGACGCGUUUUAUUUUUCGUGAAAAUCGGAACGACGCGCGAGAGAGCGAUCGAUUCAGGGGGAAAAAAAAUGAAACGGAAAAAGAAAAGGAAAAGAGGAUCGCGAAUUUAAAAGAUUUUAUUACGAUUUAGGCUUAAUGUGUUCAACGAGAAGGUAAAUUUGAACGAAACCAGCGGCAGGGCGGAGCAAAAGAAAUUCGUGAGUCAAAGCGAGGAGAUGGGAUUGGAAGAAGAAAGGAAGAAAUAUAAUUCAAAGAGCCGCGAACGAAAUUGCGAGAAAGAAUUAGCCGAAAGACAGAGGGGUUAGGGAGAGAGUGUGCGAGAGAAAAGGAUGGGGCAUGUGAACAGGCGAGAAUGUGGAAAAGAUUAAAAUUAAUAUUGUAUAAAAAAAAAAAGUAGCAAGUGCCUUCCAAACAAAAAAAAUUUAACGUGUCCCGUAGACCGUGACCACUUGUACGUGAUGAAAAGUCAUUCGAAAUUUCGCAUCACCAAAUGAAUCAUUUGCGACAGAAGUGGAAAAGAAAUGCAAAAGAGAAAAAGAAAAAAAGACGGAACAAAGAAAACCGGAAAACAAAGUACAGAUGAUAAAGAUACAAGGAAUUAUUUGUGGGGACGUUGCGUAAAAUAAACAUUUCUUCUUAGUACGUACAUAUUCUCUUCGUCUCGUCUCGAAGUCUUGACGACGCUGCGCGAUUUCUGCGAAGAUUAAACAGCACGGUUAUAGUCGAGGAUAGAAUCAAAGGAGGAACUCGAAUAUUUUGCGAAAAUUUGUCUUUUUACUUUUAAACUGUACGAUCGAUCCGAUCUCGACCGAUUCGUAUCGACGCCGACCGAUGAAAUUGAUUCGGAUCGAAUCGGAUCGGUUCGGAUCGGAUCGGGUCGGGUCGGAUCGGAUCGGAUCGGAUCGGAUCGGAUCGAAUCGGAUCGGAAAUUUUUCCUGUCGAUUACGCAAUGUGUCUACGAAUCUUUUGUGUGCGUGUAGAGCGAAUGUACAGAAUCUACAAGCAAACCCGACAAAAUUUCUGUUUUGGAUCAACCCACCACCGGUAAUACCCUGAAUGGCAUAUUCUCGUAAACGUUUCUUUUCGAUUCGCUUGUACGAAAGAACGGAAAUGGAUGGUUAAACGGAGAGUGGGGAGCGGGGGGAGGGGGAGGGGGGAGGGGAGAGCGUGUAACUGAAUUAUCAGAGGGAACGGAUAUUUCGAGAAUCUUUCGUUUACGCAUUUUGAUAUAUCUGUGAACAGAUGAAGAAAAACAAAGAUACUUAUAUUACAUACAUAAGGUAUAAGUGAAGAAAAAAAAUGCAUCUAAUACGCUAUUAUUGAUAUAGGACACAAAGUAAAGUAAAUAUAUAUGAGACAAAAAAAAAAUAUAUAUAUACAUAAAUUGAUAUAUUGACGCUAUAAGAUUGCUGCUGGAUACGUUUUACGUUGAAGGAAGAUAUGAUGAUGCAGUUUUCCGUUCAAACGUCGUCGAGGACGAAACAAAAGUUCACGGGGAGAAUUAAGUUAGACAAAAGUAAGGAUCUUAGAGUCGAAGACAAAGUAGCUCUUAGAAUUUUUAUCGAGGCAACAUAAGGACGGACGGGCGUGACGCUAGUAUACUACUUUCGAUAAAAACCUCCACCCAUUUGUCCUCGUGGCUUGUGUACGUUUCACUCGCUUAUCGAUCGAUCUCCCGAGUUUUCCGUCUUCUCGAUCCGUCUUGCGCGUACAUGUUUCCCGAUUUCCUAAGCGAACGUACGCUUUGCGAAUCCGUGCGGAAGAAUGUAACCGCCAGUAAGAUCGAUCGAAACGGUGGAAAGUCGCGGCAGAUCCGCAUCUGUAGAAAUACUUAUAUAGCGAGGAUCCACGCGAGUCUCGAGAACGGAGGAAAGCGUGGAAAAGUUGGCGAGCGAGACGCGUUUGGCCGCGAGGCAACCAAUACUCGGCUGCAGUUGUAAAACAAAUUUUCAACGUUCGUUCCAUGAGAAUUAAAGAAUAUGCGAAACAAGAUCUGAAAUGUAUUACGCACGCGCCGAAUCUUUCCUUUAUUUUCGCCUUAGCUUCGAGAUGUAAUGUCUUAUUAUAAUAACGAUCGACCCGACAUACGCGCCACACUUGUACACGAAAGGAAAAAGGAAACACCGAAGAGAAUUCAAGCAAACCGUAAGAGUAAAACGAUAAUGAAGCGUAGUAAUCCCCGUAUCCGCGAUUUACGACUAGUUUACAGGAUGUAACACGUAACUGCGUUUACCGGAGGGACGUUACGACAGCGGAAGGAACGCGAUCGAGAUACACCAAGGAACGACCCGGUUCGAUUCACGUUUCUCCGCUGCGGUAACGGCUAAACAUUCGAGACUAAACUAGGUGGCAUCCUAAUUUACAGAAACUAUUAGUCGAACAAUAGAAACCGCACAUUUUUCGGAAUCCGAUUAUUUAAUCGUAUACAUCCCCGGCCGUGAGCCAAUAUCCGACACAACGCGUCCAUGAACACAACUGCACCCCACCACUUCACCCACUUACAUACAUACACGCUCACGCACACAGACAGUCAGACAGACAGAUACACACACACACGGCCACGCACACACAUGACACAAAACACGUACAUGUGCUCAUACACGUCUACGUACACGUCUAAGAAAACGUCUAAGAAAAAGUCUAAGAAAACGUAGACAGGGGGAAAACGGAAAGAGUUAAGUUAUCGAAUGAUAGGAUAAAGAGAAAGUAAGAAAGGAAGGUAUAAGAAAGACGAAGAAAGUAUGAGAAGAGAGUAUAAGAAAGAUGUAAACGUACGAACGAAAAAGAAAUAGCGACAGACAAAACAAAAUUGAAAGCAAAGGAAUAUAUUCUUGGAACAAGUACACUAAAGAAGAACACACAGUAUAUUACGCGACAAACAUGCACAACCGCGCGUUCACUGUAAAUAGAAAGGAUGCAACAUUAUUAUACGACAAAGUUCAUCUUUAUUAUCGUAACCUGUAAUAUAUUUAUUUGUCCGGUCGUAAAGGUAUUUUAUGUAAUUUAAGAUCCGAGCCUCUGUUUCAUUUGAAUUUGCCGCCAUAGUGCGCUAACGAGGCAUUGGUCGAUGCAGUAACAGAUAGAAAGGCGUUCUUUUGGUACGAUAAAUAUUUUUGAAAGCGACUGCAAAUAAAGUUGUGAAGCGCGUAUGGCUUCACAUGACCAGUGUCUCGCGAUAAUUAGGAGCGAAAUCGAAAAGGAUCAGGUAAUGCGGUCUCGCGAUCGAAGUUGAUCGUAGCAAUUUCCGACCAGCUCUUACCUCAAAAUUUAGAAUGUCUCCGAAUCGUUAUAACGGCUGUUACAUACACGUUUCUAUCGCCUUUCAGCUUCGAUCGCCUGAUUCUGCGAACCGAAUUGUCUAACUGUCUUCGUUUCAGUUUCUAAUCUCAAUCGAUUCGUUCGAAAUCGUCGCGCAGCUUACAGUAGAAGACGCUCGCUGUCCAAGAACGACGACAAGCGCAAGUUUCUUUGCAGAUGGCGAUAGUUUGUAGUUACUAUUGUUUCUAUUUACAUUAAAACAAAGUAUUUCUUUUUCAGUAGAUAGUCGAAUUGAUUAAACCGACACACUAUACGAAUAGUUGCGCGCGUGUCUUUAAGAAAACGCUCGAAAUAUGUGUGUGUACCCGUGACGAAUCGCGAAGCGACGUUUGUUUCCGUUUUCUUCCAAACACCUCGGAUACGAGGCUUUGGAAAUAGUUUUCUUUAGUCACGGAUGCAAGCAAAACCCGUCACCAAUUACGAAUUCCUCUUUUAUUUAUUACCGAUUAGCAUGUAAGAUGACGUUCUACCAACAUAUGCUAUAAUUAUAAAUACACCUUAUAUAUAGUGGAGUAAGCGUUACAUUACCUACCUACCUACCUACCCACCUACCUACCUAUCCGUGCUUGACGGGUGAAACAAACAGAUGAAUCACGCAAUCAUAUAUUUAAGUUGCUAUUUGGCACAUAUAUCUAAGUAAUAUACUAACAUAAACAGUAUGCAAUAAUAAAUAUGAGAAAUUAAA